AAGAGGGGGAGCGCGCGUGCCCUCUCUUGUCAUGUGACAGGCAGGCGUCAUGUGACCGGCCAAGAUGGUGGCGCCCUUGCUUCCUUUGGCCGCUGCAGCGUGAGAAGGGCGGAGGACGGUCAGGUGACGUAAAGAUGGCUGCCCCAAGGAGCAUUGCUGUGGUGGAGGGGGAAGCAUCAGAGACCGAUUCAGAAGAAGAGGCUUAUCUGUCCUCUGUGCCUUCGGCCUCAAUCCCCAGCCUUUCCGGCGUGAAAGUCUUAGGGGAGGCCUCUGAAACAGACGAGGAGGAAGACGCAAACCCCGGUGGACCGAAACCAGAGCCUCGGUUAACCAGCCCGGACCUGCCUCCGCUGAUCGUCUACAGAAACGAAGAGGUGGGUUCCCCCACGGCGGUGGAAGAGAAGCCGGCCCUCCACAUCCGGCACCGGGGCCGCUACAGCACCCUGCUGCAACAGAAGCUGAUCGAGAGCAACGCCCGCCUGUACCACGACGUCGGCAGCACCGUCAAGCAGGUGUACCAGACGGCCAUCCGAGAGAUCGGGGCCAUCACCGAGCAGCUCAGCGACUCCCAGAACGGCAUCAUCAAUGCCUCGCACAGCAUCCGGCUUGUCCUGGAGGAUUUGCAAGCCGUAGCCGACAAGAUAGACAUCAUCACCAGCUGUAACCUGCUGCCCGAUAUCCAAAUAGCGCUGCCUCCCUCGCAUGCCUAGACGAAGCCGAGCACUGUGGAAAACGGGCCUGUUCUCUUCUUAAAAGUCAAGAGCGCAAGCAGUGGGACCCCGUAGGUGUUGUCUCAGAGGCGAGCCGUGUUGUGCUAGCUGAGAUCUGUUUUUGUUCAGCGCUUCGGCGACUGCGCAUCUUGUAACGACUGGGCCUGUGUUCUUCCAAUAAGAUCGAUUUGAACACUGCAAA